AUGGCCGAAGUUCUGGCUAACAUCGAGCGCGAGUUCAUCGAGGCCGCUCAGAAAGAUGGGAUCGAAAGUUUGUCAGAUUCGGUCAGUUCAUUUGUUAUUCAUUUGUUACUUGUAGAAGUUUUUGGCGAGAGUUUCUUCUAUUGAUUCUUAUUUUCCCGUGCUACUUUUUUUAUAUCGAAGUGCUCUGAUCACUUGUAAAAGAAGUCAGUUUACUCUCCGGUUUGAAAUUUCCUACAAAUUCGCUCGAAAACAAGGUUUAGAUAAAGACCCCGUAGUUGCUUCUGCGCAAACUUCUAGUUAUAGAGAUUUUUGAUUUUUAAAUUUCCAAAAUAUGGAUUUAAACCCCAACAAAGUUCACCUCAAAAACCAGAGUUUUGCCCAGGAGGAGAUUAUGUCGGAUUUUAAACUAGACAUUCGAAGAUUCCUUGAGCUGAUUUUCAGAAAGUUUGAAAACGCAAAUUAAAGUAAUCUUCUGUUUUAGUUAUCAAUUUUCGCUGUCCAUUUCAGCAGAGAAAAAAGAGAAAAAAGCUCUGUUUUAUACUUACAUUGCGCGGCAACUGCUCUUUUUCCUAACUGCUAAACCAGAAACGACUAUUAUAGUAUGUGUGCCACGACUUGAAAUUUCACGGAACGACAUUCCGCUGUUCCGCUGCGUGUGUUCGCGAAGCGUCUUUCGAAUCUAGGUCAUCCUUUCAUUUGAUUUUCAUUGCUGUGGGAGCACAUUAAAGUAGAGUACCUUUAAUUUAAUUUAAUUUAUUCAGACAUCAGAGUAAUCAAAAAGGCUCUGCUGAAUCAUGGUAGAUUUGAAGAGCUCCUUGUUGUUGCGCGCAACGGUCGACCAAUUCUCCCCAAGAACGCUUCGGAAGUCAUCUCGCCAACGUGCUCGUGGUCGUCCAACAGAUCUUUCUUCUCCCAGGGCCGCCAUUCUACGAUCUUCUUUGCCCACGUUUCUUCUCCCGUCACGAUUUUCUUUGCGAAGAACCAUUUUCUUCUUGUUGCAACCAUUCGAGCAUCACGCAUCUUCAAUCUUUCGUGGAGCCAACUGUUUGAUCUUCUAUCCAUUAGAGUCACACCAAGCAUUCUUCUCAUCAUCUUCCUCCUUAAUAAAAAUUAAAAAAAAUUAAAAGCGCGACCAAGGUUCGCAAAGGCGCGCAGCGGCACAGCGGAAUGUCGUUCGGGGAAAUUCCAAGUCGUGUUACACAGGCUAUAACGCUGCUAAUUUUGCAUCUCUAGUUGGAAUAAGUUUCGGGAAAUUUGUGUAUUUCAAUCCUUCCUGUCUAUCUCGGAGCCGACCAUACAAGGCGACGUUGUAGAGGACCUCUAAAGCUCUGAAGCGAUUUUUGUAGAAAAACGAAGCGCUUCGUCUCCACGACGAGUGUAGAGACGGCGACGUUUUUUUUUUGAUAAAAAAAAACAAAAAAAAAAGAGCUAGUCUUGAGGAACUUGACGUUUCUUGUGCCCAAGAUUCUGGGGUCCCAAAUACGAUUGGCGAAUAUUAUGAAAAAAAUUUUUUCAACUAACUAACUAAUCGACGCACAUUUGAGUGAAUUGUGAAAACAAUGGGCAAGUAUUUUCAUAUUCUAUUUUCAAACAAUUUAUUUUGAAUGAAAAAAAUGAAGAAGUUGACGUCUAUUUUAUUUUUCAGACUGGCGUAAAGGCAGAGGUUGAAGACGUACGAGAACGCGGUGAUGAGGGAGAGAGAAGGAUCGCAAGAAGAGGAAGCGCAGUCGGAGUCGUGAUCGUGAUCGCAAACGAUCUCGCUCGUAAGUUAGCCCUUUUUAUUUUCUAUCCUUCACUGUGUUCAAUCAACUAUAUUUCAAAUAGAAAUUUAAUUUUUUUGACUAUUAAAAAAAUUUCUUUAUCUGGAUAAUUAUUAUUCACGGACGGGUUCGGAAACUAAAAACCGGAAAAAUAGACUUAAAAAGAAUUCACGAGCUUUCCACACAGUCAUUUCUCGCUCUAAAAGCCGAAACACAAUAGGGGUCAAUAAUUGAUCAAAAUUUGAGAAGUUUAGUGUACAACUGAGAUAAAGAAGUGUAUAUCGCAACGAAUAUUCAAAUUAAUUCAGUAGGCCGAGGGGAAAAAAAUAACCUGAGAAAAAAAUCUAUGAACAGAAUAGUACCAAUAAGUGUCAAUAAUCGAUAUGAAAAAGGAGAAAAAAACGGUUUUUUUAUCGAAUUGAAAACAAAUUUUCUGAAAAAGUCUGAUCACAAUAAGAGAAAAAGCGCCUAAAAAAAGUUCUGAGAAAUCUAUUUUUUUUAAGUUUUUUUCUGCGAAUUUUUUUGGUAGAAUUUUCCUAUAAAUUUUUUUGACAGGUUUUUUUGAGUUUUCUUCCUUUGAAUUAUCUACCGAAAAGUUCGGACAAACGCUGUAAAAAUUUUUAGUGUAGUCACCACCAGUUAACAAUUUUUAGGCGCGAGCGGCGGGAGAGAUCUCGGGAUAGAGACCAUAAAAGACGCGAUAGAUCUCGGGAAAAGGCUCGCGAACGAGAAAGCGAGAGAGAUCGUGAAGAGAAACCAAAAAAGAAGUACCGGUUCUGGGAUGUUCCUCCAAGUGGUUUCGAACACCUAACUCCCAUGGAAUACAAGGCUAUGCAAGGUUGAGACAUCCGUUCAUUCUUUUGGCUCACCAGCAAGGUUCUCAGCUUCGGGUCAAGUUCCGCGAGGAAACAUGCAGUCGGCUGUGCCUGUAGUCGGCCCUUCAGUAACCUGCCAGUCGCGCCGUUUGUACGUAGGUAACAUCCCGUUCGGAUGCAACGAAGAAGCCAUGCUCGACUUUUUCAAUCAACAGGUAUUCACGAGACCUUCUAGAUUUCAUGCACCACACCUUGAAACAGUCAGUAUUCUCUACGUAUUUUUAUCUUUAGGCGAAGCUUUCGUGUUUUAUUCCUUUCCGCGUAUUUAUCAUUUUUUCGGAGAAGGAACGUAGAAACGCAGAAAGCUCAGAUUGUUUUGUAGUGGCAAAAGCGCUAUAUUCAAAAUAAAAAAAUGUAUAUAUAUAUAUAUAUAUAUAUAUAUACAUUUUUUUAUUUAGGAUGUGUGUGUAUAUAUAUAUAUAUAUAUAUAUAUAUAUAUAUAUAUACACACAUUUUAAAUAGUUCUGCAAUUUUUAUGUUAGUUUCAACGAGGAUUUGAUUUAAUUAAGAAACGUAAAUUUUAAUAUAAUUGAUGAAAAUUAUUGUCCAGUCGAGAAAGCUAAAUUUUUUUAUUUUACUUCUUAUAUAGGAAAAAAAUUAGACUUUUUCAGUACAUAAAUAUAUUUGAGAUGCACCUGUGCGGAUUGGCGCAAGCUCCGGGUAACCCCAUCCUGCUUUGCCAAAUCAACCUCGACAAGAACUUUGCGUUCAUCGAGUUCCGUUCCAUCGAUGAAACUACUGCUGGGAUGGCUUUUGACGGUUUUUCUUUUUCAGCGGAUGUUAAUGGCAAUUUUUUUAGGAAUCAACUUCAUGGGACAACAGCUGAAAGUUCGGCGCCCACGUGAUUAUCAACCAGUUCAGUCGACCUUCGAUAUGAAUGUUCGGAUGCCUGUUUCGAGCAUUGUCGUCGACUCCCCCAACAAAAUAUUCAUCGGUGGCUUGCCCACUUAUCUCAACGACGAUCAGGUUCUUUUUUCUUUUUGAAUUUUGUCUAGGUUCGAUCAGGUUGCAAUCAUAGCCAUACAUGAGGUAGCACAGGCCUAACGAGGAAGGUCGUUUUACCUUGCAGUCUAGGGUUUUCUGAUAUAUUUUCUCCUAAUUUCUCAUAUGCUAAACGCAAAUAUUCGGAGAAUCGACGCCUCGAAGUUUGUACUCAUUGCAAAUGCAGAAAAUCGUUUUAUCAGGUCAAAUUGCGACUUUUAGGAUUAGCAGCCAAUAUUCCCAUAAAAAGGAGCUUAUAAACCUGAAAGAGAAAAUGUGGUGAGCCCUAAUUCAGAAAUAGUUGGAGAAGUGAUUGGCACUUUUUGAAUUUUGGCUGACCCUGUUUUGCAUGUUCAAAAUAUUCGAAAAUUCAACUUUGAAUCUGAGAAAACAGGAGUUCUUGAUAGGAGACUCGGAAUGAGUGCAGCCCGACGCAGUGAAGAAACUAAAUGGAAUUGUCAAAAAGUAUUAGAGCAAAUCCCUGCUUACAAGUUAAGAUUGCCUUCCUCGUUAGAGCACCCACGGGGAAUUUUUUUUUCUGAAGAAUAGAAGAAUUUACUAAAAGACUUUCUCGUAGAAAUUUUUCGAUAAAAAUUAAGAUUUUUGUUUUUUGAAUGCUCAUUUAGAACUUCAUGGGCUUAAGGGACUGGGCCGACCUAUCUCAUGUAUGGAAUUGGCCAUUCCUCAAUAGGGCUUUUUCGAGUUUUGUUCGGUUGCUGAUGAAGAGAAUAAGCAGUGACUGUUUCAGUCGGGUCGCUGUUGGCUUCUCAUCGCCGCCGCGUGCUGACCAUGCUAGAAAGUGUGUUUCCUAUCCGAAGACCGCAUCAAUCAAACACACUUUUUUUUUUUGCUUGUCUUGGAUUACUUUCCAGAUUUUCAGCUUUCCUUUAAUUUAGGGUCAAAAACGUGGUAUUUAUGUCAACGGCGGUCUCGUUUUUCUUUUCUUUUCAGAGGGUGCUAACAAACUUAGGUAUUUUAGAGAUUUAGGUUUUACGGACAAUUUUCCCCGCACAAGAAUCCCCGCAGCGCAUUGAAAUAUUAAGUAAUGGCGAUGCAGGUGGUGUUAUCAUUCAUUUAGUUCCAGGGCUCACUGCGACGUUUCUCCAACGAAAUAAAUAACAAUUGUUUGUAUAAGUUUCCAUUUGACUAAUAUUCAGGUCAAAGAACUUCUCUGCUCGUUUGGUCCUCUUAAAUCCUUCAGCCUUAGCGUUGAUUCUCAGGGAAACAGCAAAGGAUAUGCGUUUGCUGAGUACCUCGACCCUACUCUGACCGACCAGGUAUGUUUAUUCAUUUUUGUAUUCGAUUAGUAUUCGAAGUUAAGUCGAAUAAGCAACAGUUUAAAGCGCUUUUCAAACUAGCUGUUUUUUUUAAUAUCCAUUUUUCAUAUUGAAAAUUCCAGGCCAUCGCUGGUCUGAAUGGAAUGCAACUUGGCGAUAAACAAUUAGUGGUACAGUUGGCUUGUGCCAGUCAACGCAAUAACGUGCAUUUGCCACACUCGGCUACCGCUAUCGCAGGUUAGUUUGCGACAAAAAACGUUUAGUUACUGUGGAAUAUAGGAAUCGAUUUGUCGCAAGGUGCUGGAGCUCCCACGGAGAUCCUUUGUUUGAUGAACAUGGUUUCCGAAGACGAACUGAGAAACGACGAUGAAUAUGAAGGUAGUCUUUCCAUAAGCUAUAAUUUCACAGUUUUUAUCCCCAUUCUCCAUUUUUUUUUCCAAAUUCAAAUUCUUACCGUCUCGCUCUGUUCAGACAUUCUUGUCGAUAUCAGAGAGGAAUGCUCCAAAUAUGGUGUCGUCCGUUCUGUUGAAAUUCCUCGCCCUUACGAAGGUUACGUUGUUCCUGGUGUCGGAAAGGUUUCAUUUUAUACUCUCACGGCUACCGCAAUCAUUAUCUCGUUAAGGUCUUCGUCGAGUUCGCUUCGAAAUCCGACUGCCAGAAAGCGCAGGCAGCUCUUACUGGACGCAAAUUUGCGAACCAUACCGUCGUCACGUCUUAUUAUGACACGGAGAAGUAUCACAAUCGCCAGUUCUAA